AUGUUGAAAAAGUCUCCGGAUAUGCAGCGCAUUGCUGUGACUGCCCAAGAAAUUCCGCCUUACGGUGAAAAACUGCUCCGAGAUUGUUUUCUGGAUAGUUCCGAUCGUCGCCCUUCGAUACAUGAUCUAAUUGAAGUACUAAAUGGAAAAAACACCAGAAAGAUGUCAGGUUUAGGACGAACUGUGGCCAGCGUUGUGGAUUGUAUUAUUUCUCGCUUGGAACGUUACUCAUUAGAGCUGGAGAAACGAAUUGCCGAACGCACGGCGGAGUUGGUCAGGGAAGAGAACAAUGUUAACGAACUGCUGCGGGAUAUGUUACCCGAUAUUGUCCGCAAACUGCGCAACAAGCUUCCAAUAGAAGCCGAAAAUUUUGAUGACGCUGGCAACCUGUUUACACAUUUUCCGGAAUUUGCCCAUGUGUGCUCCCAGUCCCAGCCGCUUUUUAUCAUUCGCUUACUGCAUCGCAUUUACACUUUGCUGGAUGGACUCGUGGAACAACACGAUGUGUAUAAAGUGGAAACUAUAGCUGAUUCCUAUAUGGUUGUCAGUGGCGUACCCGUGCGCAACGGUGCGUUCCGCCAUGCUGGAGAAAUUGGUAACUUAGCUCUACGGAUGCUGGCUGCGGUACAGCCGAUGUCCUCGAUGGUAAUGACCGGUGUCGACUUUCAGCUCAGACUGGGAAUGCACUCUGGUCCCUGUGCAGCUGGGGUUGUUGGAAAUCGAAUGCCACGGUAUUGUUUGUUUGGAGACACCAUCAAUACGGCCAGUCGAAUGGAGAGCCAUGGAGAGGGAGGAAAAAUACACAUCAGUCAAAGCAGCCAUCAAAUUCUUCACCAAAUUGCUGGUUAUAAAACGGAAGCCAGAGGAUACAUUGAAAUAAAGAGCAAAGGCAAGGUCGAAACGUUUUGGCUGCUAUCCAGUGAUUUGUGA